AUGGUCACCAUUUCUCGCUCCGGAUCUUCAGCGCUGAAAGCCGCUGCGGCUAUCCAGUACCUGCGAUGCGAUGCUCUCUUAACCGCACAUUCCGUGUCCCGCGCUCCAACCGCAGCAUACGUCAAGAGCGAGCUUUUCCCCCACUCACCGCCACAGUCCCUCAGGCAGAGGAAUCGGUUCAAGGUGCUUCUCACGCUGCUGCCGGCCCUCUCUGCUGACUUCCUCUGUGUUCAGGAGAUGGACGAGUACGAGGCAGUGUAUCGCCAGCCGAUGGCAGCUGCGGGCUGGGAGAGUGUGUAUGUGAAGAGGCCAGGCAAAAAGAGGGACGGAAGCGGCAUCUUUUACCGAUCUAGCAGAUUCCGCCUGCUUCGCUGGCAACCAAUCAACUUCAACGACCUCGUUCCCCCAGACCACCCAGACCAACCAAACCAGCCGGCCCAAGCAGACACUCCCAGUCCCGACUCGUCCGAAGAAACCCGAGACCUAUCCGCCUCCCAUGUGUCGGAGGCGACUGAGAAACCAAGUGCCGGUGCUGACCUGUCUGAAUCGCGUGACCUGCAUGAUCCGCGUGUUCGCUUCAAGCGCGACUGUGUCGCCAUUGUUGCGGCGUUCCAAGAAAGAGCGAGUGAAGAAAAGGAAGGAGAGGAGGCAGAGGAUGGGGAGAGCAUGGCAGGAAGGGAGGUGGUUAGGGAAGGGAGAGGAGGAAGAGGAGGAGAGAGAGGGCAGCAGGGAGAGGGGCGAGUGGUGGUGGUGGCGUCAUCUCACAUAUUCUG